UCCUACUGAAAAGAUGGCAUCACAAACCCUACCUCCACGACAGGAUAAACUCACAGAUUCAGUGGAUGGGGAUACCUUCUGUGAAGAGCAGGAAUAUUCAGAUUAUGACGGUGGGACACAGUCUGAAAAGUUGAACAAUGAAGGUAAGAUCCAGAGAGGUCAAGAGAUCCAGACUGAGGACAUUGACCACAAGCCUGAGGACAGCAUAGUUGAAGAACUGAGCCAAGAUGAUCAGAGUGGCAUUGACAUUGAGGCGGUACAUUUAGUGGAGGUUGAAAGCAACAUCAGCAGUUUCACCAAUAUGAGGAAACCAGCGGCAUGCGCAGUGGUCCAGGAAGACCAGUCUGGGCAACAGUCAGCAAAGCCAAAAGACAUGGCAAAGGAACAGAAGGAUGGUGAUAUGAAGGCAGAAAUAUUGAGGGUGGAAGAACAAGGGAAGAGAGUUCAAGAAAACUGUCAGAAGCAUAAAACAAAACAGGAGCAAGAGACAAUGAAGUUAAAUAUGGGCAGAGAAAGAAUGGAAGAAGAGUUAAAGAUGAUGGAUGCAGAACAUGAGAAUGCCAAUAUGUCGAGGAGACUGGAAGAGGAGAGUAUGAGUGCUCUGGAAGAAGAGGAGAGGAGGAGGGUAAAGGAGGAAGUUGGGACAGAAAUGGUGAAAGGACAUCCCUCCCCUGCAGAAAAGUUAGACUCUGAUGAUAAAGUCUUGAGAGUCCCUGAAGAAUGUGAAAAAGAAGGAAAGAAAGGCAGGAAUAAAGGCAAGGAGAUCCUGAUGGAGGACAAAGAACCUAUGAUGAAGCCCGAAAAGACAGCACAUGCAAAUUCACAGAAUAUUCUACUGAAGUCACCUUUACAAGGAGAUCACCUCUCUCCCAUUGUGGAAAAGGUGACGUCAAAACCUUUGCCACCAUUACAAGACAUGGGCAAGCAUCAACUAGAUGAUGGUUCUAAUGGAGCAAUGGAGACCAUGAGGAAGCAAAAGAAAAAGGCAAAAGACGCAAGAAAAAGAAACAUACAGGCUGAAAAAAGGAAAUACAACGAGGUUAAAAGAUUGGAAAUGGACAGGGACACAACAGAGAAAGAGAAAAAGAAGAUGGUUGAAGAAAAAAAGAAAGCCGAGCUGAUUUGGAGACUGGAGGAGGAAAGACGGAAGGCUUCGGCAGAAGUGACAGAAAUAUUGAAAGCAAAAAAAGCUAUUAGAAUGUAAACACUAUCGGAAGGGCCAUCUUCAAAUGUCAUCAUUCCAGAUACUCACAGAUUCACACAGUAUUAUAUUUGUCUUCUUUCACUGUUUUAGUUUUUCUAGUGACAGCUAUUUUUGACAAUUUGCCUUGAAGACACCCCACACUCCUAUAAUGAAAUAAACAACAAAUAAAGUAUGUUUGAGCAAAAAGGUAGUUUUAAUGUCAUGUUUUAAUAUGACUAGAACAGAGCACAGAAUUAGAUAGAGUCAGAUGUCAUUAGACAUCCCAAUCCAGAGUCAAAAUCCAAUCCAAAAGGGUCAACCUAGAGCAAAAAAUAAAUCAAUGAGGAUUCAGGAAUCAUAGUAAAAAGGGCCAGACAAAGAUCUGAAUAAACCAGAACACAAGACUUCACAAUGACAGAGAAACGAGAAGUUUAAAUACACUGGUAGACAAGGAAUAGUUGAAGACCAUUGACAAGACAAGGUGAGUGGAAGAGUCCAUUAGAAAGGAAAGGGGAUCAAAUUAGUUUCAG